AUGACUACCAGUGAUAGCGGCCGGGCAGCGCCCCUCGGGCCUUUCGCAACGGGCGACCCAGUUGCCCGCUUGCUCGCGAAGAACUUGGAGUCCCAGAAGAAAGAAAGCCUCCAGAAUAUGGCAAGUUUCCGGGCGAAGCCCUUGACCGAUAUGCGAACCGUUGCAGCGAAGACCGAAUCAGAGCGAGUUCGGUUGCGCGAUGCUUGGACACUGUAUUUCGCAGAGGUCCACCAGCUCAAUGCCAACGAAAUCUGGAUCUAG